AUGUCUAUGAAAUUGAAAAUUAAACAAUUCUUUGGCCCAAAUAGACAAUAUGCUGUUGCUGGCGCAAGUAAUAAUCCAAGUAAAUUUGGCUAUAAAAUAUUAAAUUGGUAUUUACAACAUGAUUUAUCAGCUAUACCAAUAAAUCCAAGAGAACAUGAAAUAUUAGGUCAGUCUGUUAUAUCAAAUAUUUCGGAAAUUAUAAAAGCAAUUGAUUCAAAAACAAAUUUAAAUGAUUAUAAUAUUUCAAAAGUUGAUGGAUUAUCAAUUUCAUUCCUUACACCACCUUCAAUUACUGUUCAAACAUUAAAAGAAAUUAGUCAAGUUGAAAAUUAUCAAAAUGUUAUUAAAGGUCUUUGGUUUCAACCUGGUAGUUAUGAUCAAGAAGUUUUAGAUGAAGCUGAAAAAAUUGGUGAAUUUGGAAAAGUAAUAUAUCAAGAUGAAUGUAUUUUAGUUAGAGGUGAAGAAGGAAUGAUAUCUGCAAAUUUAUAA